AUGGCCCGUCUCGUUCCUCGCCGCCCCAUGGUUGAGAAGCGUCAGUCAAAGUCCUGCAACGGAAGCGGUUCUUGGGCCAAGCAGGCGGUCCUGAAAGACAGCGUAGUAGAGGCGUGCCUUUACCUCAGUCAGUUUCCUUCUUCCUUUCUACCCAGCCUACCGGGCGCUAAUGAAGACUAUGUAGAGGACACUGCUCUGGGCCAGACCCGAGUUUAUGAACGCCCUGGGUUCAACUCCGCCGGUAACCCCAUGACGAUACACUAUACGAAGCAGAGGAACAUCAACGAGGGCGACCAGCUCUCUGAGUGUGUCAACGCUGAAAUCUGGCUCAUUGAUAACUGCCAUGGCAACAAUCAGGACAGUCGCGGCGGCUUCGUGACUUGGAGCAAUGGCAACAGAUACGGUGUCGAUCCGCAGACCCACAACUGCAACUGCUAG